GAAGAGAAUUGUCUCCAGGCUCUCUUGAUUGAAUGUGUUCACCCCAUCUUCCCUUCAGCAGGGACUCAAAGAAUCAAGAUCCUGGCAUUCAGAUUCCCCCUGCUCUAAUCCCCAAACCUCCUGCUCAUACAGACAAAGGAGCACGCUCUGAAACGGGGCUGCCAACCACUAAUGUGUAGCCAUUAAUCACCAGGACUCCCAGAGCCUCCAGGGAAGCCCAGUGUCCCAAGCCCAACUCCAACACCACCUUGGCAUCCCCUGAGGCUCUGGUCUGCAGUCAAAACUUGGAGGUGGAAGCACUGAGCAGCACUUCUACUUUCCUUGCUCUAAUCCAGGAUAUUGCUGUCUCUAGACAUCACUCACAGAGCAGCAAUUCAUAAAUGGAAUUCUCCAGUGUGUGGUUGCACACAAGUGCUCUCCACUGUGCAGAACACUCCCAGUGUAGGACUGCAGUACCUGGGGUAUGUUCACACAAGUGCAAAAGCACAUGGAUGUGCAGAUACUCAAACACACUGUGGUUCAGGCAGUAGUGCAACAGGUGCCUCAGGGACUGUGAAGGCAGAGAAGGAAUCCAAAGAGAUUUUAAGAGAAGAACAAGGAUCAUAGUCAAGGGAGGCCAAGGGUGAUGAGCCAAAGACUGGAGGGCUGGGAAAGGAGGGACCCUUACAGUCAUCAGAAACGUGAAAAAACCAAAAGAGUGCCCCAGGCUGGCAUCACCUGCCUCCUUGGGAUCCUUUCUGCACUUACUUCAUGUCUGUUGCCCAGUCUGAAACAUCCUUACACUCAGGAAAUCUUGAAUCGCUUAUACCAGCACUCAGAAGUGUCGGUGAGGGAUUGGGAAUGAGGUAAGCCAGGAAAUGCAAAGUCAUGGUAGAGGGAAAAUCCAACUCAUGCCAUACCAUUCCCAGAGAUCUUUCCAUUCAUUUGGGAUCACGCAGGAAUAUCGUCACCUUCGCAGCACAAACUGUGGGCCCUGAGGCACUGUGGGGCCAGGAUAAAAGGCAGCCGAACUGCUGGCUCUCUCAACCACUUCUGUCACCUCCUUCUCCUUGGGAACCAGGUGAGUUGGAAGGCCCUUUCCCCUCCAGCCUCUCCACGACAGCAUUGAUCUUUCUGGCCCUUGUUCCUGCUCCCUGUUCUUCUGGGGCUGUUCUGCACUGGUGCUGGUGUGGGCAGAGGGGAGAGCGUGUGUUCUGGCCCGAGGCUGUGGCUGGGCUGAGGUGCUGAUUUUGCCCCAGGUUAGGCAGGAGCAGAGCUGGGCCUGGCUGAGCUGGGAAGGAGCGUGCUGGGCUCAGGCAAAGGAUGCCCAGGUUGGGGCUGCCCAGGCUGGAGCUGUGCAGGCAGCAGGGGCCUUGUGCUGCUGGGGGUGCCUUGCGGGCUGUGUCUCAGGUGUGUGUGUGCUCUGCUUCCUCCCUGCCCUCUGUGCCAGGUGCAGUGCCAGGCUCCAGACAUGUCCUGCUCUGAGAAGUGCCAGCAGUGCCAGCCCUGCGAGCCUUGCUGCCAGUCCUGUGGCCCCUGCCCGCUGGCCAGCAGCUGCAAUGAGUGCUGUGUCAGGCAGUGCCAGAGCUCCCACGUUGUCAUUGAGCCGCCUGCCGUGCUGGUGACCCUGCCCGGCCCCAUCCUCAGCUCCUUCCCACAGAACACCGCCGUGGGAUCCUCCACCUCUGCUGCUGUUGGCAGCAUCCUCAGCUCUGAGGGAGUGCCCAUCAGCUCUGGGGGCUUUGACAUCUCCUGCAUCACCAGCCGCUGUGGUGGCAGCAGAUGCUGUCGUCCCUGCUAAAGAUGAUGCCUCCAAAAUCCUUGGGCAAGAACCUCCAGGAGCUCGGAACCUGAUGAUGGAAUGCAGUCCGAACUUAACAGAUAGGAUUUUGGAACUUCAGACAAUUGUUUCCUUCUUCUUCUCCUGUCUUUUUUCUCUUCCUUUCCUUUCCUGUCACCAUCUCUCAAUGCCAGCCGAGUGGGACCUGCUGGCAACCUUCCCUUAGCAACCCAGGACGUGAGACAUGCCACUGCACCUUAGUGGCAGCCCUUGGUUGCCCUCUCUGAGCCUCCAUAUUUUCUUCUUUUGACUCAAUAAAGUUCCUUUUGCAUUCACACCUC